CGAAUGUCAUUUUGAAAUACUGGGGUAGACAUAGCUACUAUGGUUCACAAUUUUUCUCGAAAAUUUGAAUUACAUAAUUUGCCAAAAAACUAAUUAACACUUGAUAUUCACAUUUGCUUCACGAUGUUAAAGUUUGGCGUGAAAUCUGCGUUACUUGGAUCCGCAGUGUACUACACAAUAGACAAAGGUGUGUGGAAAGAUAGUGCUACGACAGCGGCGAUAUAUGAUGAACUUGAAAAAGGAAUGUCACCAUAUGUCGGGGAACUAAAGAGCCAAGUUCCAUACGAACUACCAGCAUUACCUUCUAAUGACAGGAUAUCAUAUUUGUUCAAGUACUACUGGAAUUGCAGUGUUAAAGCUACAUUUAGAUUUUUAGUCGAAUUGCCUACCCAUACUAGUAAUGCAGCUUUCAAGACAUACGACUUUAUUUCAUCAUCUUUGGAAACUCCAGAACCACAUCAAGAAAAAGAUAAAUGAAGACUUACUCAAUAAUUGUAAUUUAUUAUUUACUUAAAAUGUAUAAUUGACAUUUCAUCAGAUGAAUUUAGAGCUGGUGGUAAUAAGAAAUAAAAUGCAACUUUACAAAACAGGCCACAGCUGUGGCAAUUUGAUUUAUUAAUUUUCUUGCAGUGUCAAUAUUUUAUAAUUUUCUAUAGCAUUCAUGCAUGUUGAACACAAUUUUGUGAAAAAUAAUAAUACACACUUUUUAUUUUAACAUACAAAAUCACAUUCCAGUUUAAAAAAUGAAACAUUCAAAUUAUUAACUUCGCAAAGGGAAGUAUUUGUGCACAACUAUAUCAGUUCAGGAAUGAUUAAUUUGAUUAUAAUCAAAUUUUACCAUAAAACGUAUUUGCAUGUACACAAAAAUAACUGCAUAUUUAUUUACCUACAAAAUGGCUACAUAAAGUAAUUAGUACACACUUAUGUGAAAGAAAUUGGACA